CAACAGUCGCCAAGGCCGUGACGUCACACGGGAGAGCCGAGCUGGGCGCACCUGGAAGCGACCGAGAGCGAACAGGGCGCCGCCGCCUGUCCCUCCAGCCUGCGGCUACGCCUCGGGUCCCCCUGCGUGCUAGCGGGGCCGACGGGGGUCCUACAGCACCCCGACUGCACGUCUGGGCUCCAUGGGCCGUAAGAGGGAACCGUAAUCUGCCGCUGCUCCUUUAACAAAGCAGGGGGAGGUGGGUGUCCUGCGCGAACUGCCCAGCCAUGUUGUCGGGUCCGCUGGCCAGACGCCACAAGCCGCACCGGAGGGCCGCGCACGGCGAUGCCUGAUGACAGCCCUACCCGUCCCGCCCCCUCCGCGGUCCGGCCCGAGACGCCGACAGCUGUAGCGCGUGCCGGCGAGAGCGAGCCCGGGACUGUGACCGCGAUGGCGGCGCGCGCGUCGCCGGGACUGGGUUUAGUAGGCUGAGGUGUGAGAGUGGGCUUGCUCUAGGGUUUCACCAUUGUCCAGGAGCUCAAUCGUUGGCGAUAGGUGAUUUCCUGUGAGUGGCUUUUAAAGACCGUCACAGGAUUGGGGCUCUCCAGGGCCAGGGCUGGGGACCCUCCUCCCGCAGGUGGUGCAACACAGCAGGGAAGGAGCUGGAGAGGCCGGCGCUCUCCCUGACACUGGGGAAAGGGCUCCCACUGAGCAGCAGCACUGGGAGCAGGAGUGGGGCUCCAGUCUGAGGCAGGACCCAGAGCCCACGGCUACUGGAGGAGCUCGGGGGACUGGAGUCUGUCCACAUGGCAGAGACGGACACGGAGGGCGUCCCACAGGGACUCCCCACGCCGGGGUCUGAGGCAGGAACGUCAGCCCUCAUGCCCUGCUGUGUCAAAAACGACACUGACUUGGACUCCAUCCACUCUGGAGAUCAUUCCCGUUCCAAUACACAGGUCCCUGGCACUAUGGCUCAGAGCUUUGAAAACGCUCAAGUGAGCAAAAUGAUCAAAACAGAGCCUGAAGAACAGGACUGCAUGAAGCCAGAUCAGGACAGCCUGCAGCCCGUCCACAACACCGAGCUACGUUGUCUGGAGCACAUGGGCACGGCUGGUUCAGGGGCCCAGCAGCCUACUGGCAGGCCCAAGGCGCCCAGGACUGAGUCUGUUACAGAGACACCCAUUAAAUUAGAGCCCAUGCCUGUUUCAGAGGUCCCCAUCAAAUCAGAACCCACAUCUUUUACAGAGGUCCCCAUUACAUCAGAACCCCACUUGAUCCCAGACACACAGUUUAAGUUAGAACCCGAUUCCAUUACAGAAGGAGCCGUUAAAACAGAACCUCGGUCUGUUACGGGAAGACCCGUGAAAUUAGAACCCGAGUCUGUGGGCCCAGGAGAGGGGCUCAGUGCAGGGAGUCGGAGCCCUGAACCCUCCAGCCCACCCUCCCCCUCAACGCUGUCUGUGAGCACCAGCACAGUGGAGACCCCCGGAGACCCUGCGGACUGCCAUCGCUGUCCCCAGUGCGGGAAGACCUUCAGCAACCUGGGAAACCUGAAGACACACCAGCGCAUCCACACGGGAGAGAAGCCCUUCAGCUGCUCCCAGUGCGGGAAGAGCUUCAGCCAGCUGGGGAACCUGAAAACCCACCAGCGCUUUCACACGGGAGAGAAACCGUUCUGCUGCUCCCAGUGCGGGAAGAGCUUCAGCGUCUUAGUCGCCCUCAAAACGCACCAGCGCAUCCACACGGGCGAGCGGCCGUACUCCUGCUCGCAGUGCGGGAAGAGCUUCCGGCAGGUGGGGGUCCUGCAGAAGCACCGGCGCGUCCACACGGGCGAGAGGCCCUACUGCUGCCCGCGCUGCGGCAAGAGCUUCAGCCAGGCGGGGCACCUGAAGCAGCACGAGCACGUGCACACGGGCGCGCGGCCCUUCCUCUGCCCGCAGUGCGGGAAGCGCUUCCACCUGGCGGCCGAGCUCAAGACGCACGGCCGCACGCACACGGGGGAGAAGCCCUACGGCUGCGAGCAGUGCGCCAAGCGCUUCACCAGCUCGGAGAGCCUGAAGUCGCACCGGCGCGCCCACACCGGGGAGAAGCCCUACUGCUGCGCCCAGUGCGGGAAGAGCUACAGCCUCUCCAAGAGCCUGAAGAACCACCAGCUGAUCCACACGGGCGAGCGGCCCUACCGCUGCGGUUCCUGCGACAAGAGCUUCCGGGUCAAGACGCAGCUGCGCGAGCACCAGCGCAUCCACACGGGCGAGCGGCCCUACCGCUGCGACCGCUGCGGCAGGGGCUUCACCAAGUCGGGGGGGCUGAAGGUGCACCAGCGCAUCCACACGGGCGAGCGGCCCUUCGGCUGCGACCGCUGCGGCAAGAGCUUCAUCACCUCCGGCGGCCUGCAGAAGCACCAGAGCAACCACACGGGCGAGCGGCCCUUCUGCUGCGCCCACUGCGGCACCACCUUCUACGAGCUGGCCAAGCUGAAGCGGCACCAGCGCAUCCACACCGGGGAGCGGCCCUUCAGCUGCGCCCAGUGCGGGAAGAGCUUCAACCAGUCGGCGCACCUCAAGGUGCACCAGCAGGUUCAUGCCAAGAGGAGGCCAGACGGCGGCGCGGCCGGGCCCUCUGGUGCCGGGCCCCACAGGCACACGUGCACAGCUGAGUCUGAGGAAGGGGGCGGGAGCAGACCCCAGCCGGCAGGCGCGACGAGCCCCAGGAUUGGACACGAAACGAACUGGAUCCGGCCGGAGCCCGAAAAGCAUUGUGGGACAGCAGGUGACAUUGCUUGCAAUGGCGAUCUCUCAGUGGCAACCUGGGAAUCUCCCGGAAUCUGGCGCCGUGCCGGGAGCCGCUCAAACCCUGCAGUUCCUGCCCACUCGAGCAGGACUGCGCGCAGAAGGAUUUAUGACAAGGCCAUCAUGGUGAGCGCCGCUCUGAAAUGUUUUGUAGUACUGUGUCGUAACACCUUGUCAUUGUUGAGAACAAUUUUGUGUCUGGUGUGAGGCUACAAGUAUAAUAAAGUCAUGUUAUUUCA